CACCAAUGAUGGGGGAUGUUUUCCAGCCCAGAGUUCUGCUGCACCGAUUAGAUGUUAAGGAGAAGCUGAUUGUUAAAGAAGAAGCUUCUUUAGACCACAAACCUCGUGCCCACCUGCAUGACCCAGACCAAAUUAAAGGCAGAGAGCUUCCAGAAGAGAAUGAUGGAAGAGAAUCCAUCAAGCCACAAGAUCAUGGAGAUGCUUCCAUUUCUUCAGAGGCUGAAGACACUGAGGAGGAUGAAGAAGACAGUGAUGUAGAGAAACCUCUCUCUGAGCUGAAACACUUGUCAGACUCUGGAUAUAAAAAAUGUUUUACAAAGAAGAAUAAAUGUAGGAAAGGCCACACAGGAGUUAAGCUUAGCUGCAAAGACUGUGGCAAAACAUUUAUGGGAAAAUCAGCUUUAAACACACACUUGAGAAUCCACACAGGAGAGAAGCCUUUCUGUUGUGAUGUAUGUGGACAAAGCUUUAGUCAAAAACCCCAUUUAAAAUCACACAUUAGAAUCCAUACAGGACAGAAGCCUUUCUGUUGUGAUCUAUGUGGACAAAGCUUUAGUCACAAAGGAAAUUUAAACUCACACAUGAAAAUCCAUACAGGACAGAAGCCUUUCUGUUGCGAUCUAUGUGGACAAAGCUUUAGUCAAAAAUCAAUUUUAAACACACACAUGAGAAUCCAUACCGGACAGAAGCCUUUCUGUUGUGAUCUAUGUGGAAAGAGCUUUAGACACAAAUCUAGUUUAAACAUACACAUGAAAAUCCAUACAGGACAGAAGCCUUUCUGUUGUGAUGUAUGUGGACAAAGCUUUAGUCUAAAAGGAAAUUUAAACACACACAUGAUAAUCCAUACAGGACAGAAGCCUUUCUGCUGUGAUCAAUGUGGACAAAGAUUUAGCCACAAAUUAAGUUUAAACAGACACAUGAGAAUCCAUACAGGACAAAAGCCUUUCUGCUGUGAUCUGUGUGGACAAAGCUUUAGUCAAAAACCACAUUUAAACAUACACAUGAGAAUCCAUACAGGACAGAAGCCUUUCUGCUGUGAUCUAUGUGGACAAAGCUUUAGUCGAAAAGGAAGUUUAAACACACACAUGAUAAUCCAUACAGGACAGAAGCCUUUCUGCUGUGAUCAAUGUGGACAAAGCUUUAGUCUCAAACAUAGUUUAAACACACACAUGAGAAUCCAUACAGGACAGAAGCCUUUCUCUUGUGAUCUAUGUGGACAAAGAUUUAGCCAAAAAUCAAGUUUAAAAACACACAUGAGAAUCCACACAGGAGAGAAGCCUUUCUGUUGUGAUCUAUGUGGACAAAGAUUUAGUCUCAAACAUAGUUUAAAAACACACAUGAUAAUCCAUACAGGACAGAAGCCUUUAUGUUGUGAUGUAUGUGGACAAAGCUUUAGUCUAAAAGGAAAUUUAAACACACACAUGAUAAUCCAUACAGGACAGAAGCCUUUCUGUUGUGAUCUAUGUGGACAAAGCUUUAGUCAAAAAGUAAAUUUAAACACACACAUGAAAAUCCAUACAGGACAGAAGCCUUUUUGUUGUGGUCUAUGUGGACAAACAUUUAGCCACAAAUCAAGUUUAAAAACACACAUGAGAAUCCACACAGGAGAGAAGCCUUUCUGUUGUGAUCUAUGUGGACAAAGAUUUAGCAUCAAAUCUAAUUUAGUCAGACACAUG